UUUGGUGAUGUGCAGGUUUGUGCUCUGCUUGCUGGAGGAGGUUAUGCAGAGAAAGUAGCGGUUCCAGCAGGGCAAGUUCUUCCUGUUCCUGCUGGAAUUUUGCUUAAGGAUGCUGCGAGUUUCCCAGAAGUGGCUUGCACUGUUUGGUCCACUGUCUUCAUGAUGAGUCACCUCUCUGCAGGGGAAACAUUCCUGAUACAUGGUGGCUCUAGUGGAAUCGGCACAUUUGCUAUUCAGCUAGCAAAAUACUAUGGUGCUAGGGUAUCUGUAACAGCAGGAAGUGAAGAAAAGUUAGCUGCUUGCAAGGAUCUGGGUGCAGAUGUUUGCAUCAACUACAAAACAGAGGACUUUGUUGCACGAGUGAAAGAAGAAACUGCAGGAAAAGGUGUCGAUGUGAUUCUGGACUGCGUUGGUGCAUCCUACUUCCAGAGAAACCUUGAUAGCUAAUUUAAUGGGAGGCUAUUCAUCAUCGGCACUCAGAGUGGAGCAGUGACGCAAGUGGAUCUGAGAAGUAUUUGA